AUGCAUGUAGAACACGUUACAAUAACACCCUCAUAUACAAUAACCUACUCAAGUACUCUAUGUGCACAUUGGGAUGUUGUUCUUGUCAUUGCACGCUGUUAUGAUAGGCUUGGCUAUUUCGGAAGGGCUGUUUUAGGCCCAGAAGACGGACUGAGAUCCCUGUCCAGGAACCAGCCUGCUACUCACCCAGCGCUCACCCACUUCUCACCCCACUACUCACCCGGCGCUCACCUACAACUCACCUACUACCGGCCUCACCCAUCACCGCUGCUCAUCUCAAUGCUCCCCAAGCUAGCAAGUAGAGCAAAAACGCCAAAGGGUAGAAAGCGAUGUAUUAAUACGUUUCCAUUUCAAAAACGCGGAGGGGGAGAUUUCCUAAUCCGGCACGCUAAAUGUGCGAAAUCAAACACCUCAAGUUUCUGCGGUGUUUGAUAUGUGGAUCGAUGGGAAUAAUGUCUCCUCCACACGUGAUGCAGGCUAACUUAAUCGUAUAUUCCCGGACGAAAGAUUUCCCGUACUCCGAAGGUCCCGAUUUGGCUCCUGAGCAUGCUCAAUGAAAGACCUCAGAUUUCUGAGGUUCUUGAUGCUAGA